UAAAACAGUCCACAAAAGGGUGAUCUCUUCUGAAUCUUGUUCUUGCUGUUCCAUAGGAAGCUGAGAACACUCUGCGUCUGAUGCAGAGCAAGCUGAAGGAAGAAGAAAAGCGUCUGCUCAAGACUGAAGGUCAUGACGACUCGGACAUUGACAUCCAGGAGGAAGACGAAUCUGACAGUGAAUUGGAGGAGAGACGGCUGUCCAAGCCGCGGACGGCCAUGGAGGUGCUCAUGCAAGGAAGACCUAGCAAACUCAUCGUGGGCACAAUGCAGGGUGGAGACUCCGAUGACGACACGGAAGCAGCACCAGCUCUCUUAGGUCAGUGCAGGACUUCCAGCUCCAAGAAGCAGGUUGGUUUUCUUUUCACCUCAUGUGUGUGUGUGUGUGUGUGUGUGUGUGUGUGUGUUGUGUGUUAGCCUCCUCAGGGGCACAUCUCAUGUGUGUG